AUGAAAGUUAUUAAUAUAAAUUUUGAUUCAAUUAUUGGUAAACAUUUUUCACAAUUAAUUUGUAUAAUAAUAUCAACACAUUUAAUUGAACCAAUUGAUCAUUUAAAUAAUGAAAAUAAUUCUUCACCAAAUUCAAAUUUAUUAAAUAUACAAGCUGGUAAUACAAAAAAUAUUGAUGAAAGUGAUGAUGAUGAUGAUGAAAGAAUAAAACGAUUAGAAUAUGAACAUUUAACAGUAGGACAAAGAUCUGGUCAUAAUCGUGAUCGAAAUCGUAUUGAUUCACCAAGUCAUAAACGAACACAAUCACAUGAUCCUAGUAAACCAUUACAUCAUACUCAUUUUCCAUCACAAGAUCCAUCAAUGUUCGAUGAUCAUCAAUCAAUAACAACUAAUACACCAAAUGAAAUUACAUCUGCACCAGCUGUAGAUUUAGAAUUAAAUGUUCAAAUUCAAAUUGCUAGUGUUUUUAUCUUUGCUAAAAAUAAUAAAAAUACGUUAACUUAA